GUUAUUGUUAUAUUGCAGGUAAUAAUGGGUGUAUUAUACAGGGUUGAAUCCCUAGGUUUAAUCGAGGAUACUGAAGCGCAUGAGUUCGUGGAUACCCAAGACUUUAUAAAACACACGAAAAAGAACUAUGAAACUGUAUGUAUGUCACAAGGAAGAAAUUUAUUCAUCUCAGUGUCGACAAACUGCUUCAUCGCCGCUGCUAUUUACGUACUGAUACUGGGCUGUUCUUUCCUGUGCAUCCACAAGGCGAAUAAAAAAGCGAAACUAAAAGAGGCUAAACUGCUAGAUGACAAGUUAAGCUGCACAGUCGAAGUCGUUGAGUUAACGGAGAAGCAAAAGAAAAAGAUCACGUAGGAAGCUGGCCUUAUCUUUUAUGGCGCA